AUGGUGUUGCCAAGAUUGUACGCCGCUACGUCGCGUGGGGCCUUCAAGGCCGCACAACAAGCAAGAACGCUUGCUUCUGCUGCCGCUAGUGCUUCGCAAGGUAAGGUCAGAGCUGUUAUCGGUGCCAUUGUGGAUGUUCAAUUCGAACAGGGCCAAUUGCCUCCUAUUUUGAACGCGCUUGAGAUCAACACCCAACAGGGCAAGUUGGUGCUCGAAGUCGCCCAGCAUUUGGGUGAGAACACCGUGAGAACGAUCGCCAUGGACGGUACCGAAGGAUUGGUUCGUGGUGAAAGUGUCAGCGACACUGGAGCUCCUAUCUCUGUGCCAGUGGGCCGUGAGACCCUGGGUCGUAUUUUGAACGUCAUUGGUGAGCCAAUUGACGAGCGUGGUCCCGUGAACACGAAGCUCAAGAAGCCUAUCCACGCCGAGCCUCCUGCUUUCAUUGACCAAUCCACCGCUGCAGAAGUGCUCGAAACUGGUAUUAAGGUUGUCGAUUUGUUGGCUCCUUACGCCAGAGGUGGUAAGAUUGGUCUAUUCGGUGGUGCCGGUGUCGGUAAGACCGUGUUCAUUCAAGAACUGAUCAACAACAUCGCCAAGGCACACAGGGGAUUCUCUGUGUUCACCGGUGUCGGUGAGAGAACCAGAGAGGGUAACGAUUUGUACCGUGAAAUGAGAGAAACCGGUGUCAUCAACCUCGAAGGUGAAUCCAAGGUCGCCUUGGUGUUCGGUCAAAUGAACGAACCUCCAGGAGCCAGAGCCCGUGUCGCUUUAACUGGUUUGACCAUUGCCGAAUACUUCAGAGACGAAGAAGGCCAGGAUGUGUUGCUCUUCAUUGACAAUAUUUUCAGAUUCACUCAGGCCGGUUCCGAAGUGUCUGCUUUGUUGGGACGUAUCCCAUCUGCCGUCGGUUACCAACCUACUUUGGCCACAGAUAUGGGUUUGUUGCAAGAAAGAAUUACCACCACCAACAAGGGUUCCGUUACUUCCGUCCAAGCCGUUUACGUGCCAGCCGAUGACUUGACUGACCCUGCCCCAGCCACCACUUUUGCGCACUUGGACGCCACCACUGUGUUGUCCAGAGGUAUCUCUGAAUUGGGUAUCUACCCAGCUGUCGACCCAUUGGACUCCAGAUCCAGAUUGUUGGACGCUUCUGUCGUUGGUCAAGAGCACUACGACGUUGCUACCAACGUCCAAGAGACUUUACAAGCUUACAAGUCCUUGCAAGAUAUCAUUGCCAUUUUGGGUAUGGACGAAUUGUCUGAACAAGACAAAUUGACCGUCGAGAGAGCCCGUAAGUUGCAAAGAUUCUUGUCUCAACCAUUCGCCGUUGCCGAAGUUUUCACCGGUAUCCCAGGUAGAUUGGUCAGACUCAAGGACACCAUCGCCUCUUUCAAGGCUGUUUUGGACGGUAAGUACGAUCAUUUGCCAGAAAACGCUUUCUACAUGGUGGGCGGGAUUGAGGACGCCGUUGCCAAAGCUGAGAAGUUGGCCGGUGAGGCCAAAUAA